AUGAGUCUGAAGCUACAGGAAAAAUUCAUAGGGGGCGCCCCACCAGGCCGAAGUGGCGGGGCCUUGCGCCCUACGCAGCGGCAGCAGCCAUGUUCACCAGCGCAAUCUUGCGCCGGGCUCCGUAAAGGCCGUCCCUGCAGCCCAUCCCCCGUCCACAGCUGGAGAGGGAGGAACCUCCAAAUCGAAAGAGAAAGCAGGCCCGACGAGCCGGGAGGAAGCCCUCCUCUGAACCCCAUGAAGCCGCCGGGGCUGCAGUGGCUUUGGCUUUUCUGGAGCUGCAGCUGCUCCCUGGGCUCCGGUCACCCAUCGCUCUCCAGGGGAGCCGUCUCGGGCGCAGCAGCUGCAGCAGCGAAUAGGAGCCACUCCAGUCAGACCCCCCCGGAGCGCAGCGAGAACCGCUCCACAGCCUUCCGGGAAAGUCUUAAAAGACACCACUACUUGAAUUCAUUUUCGUCCAGUGACAAUACCUCUGCCAUAUAUGGAAUAAAUCAAUUUUCUUAUUUGUUUCCUGAAGAAUUUAAAGAUAUCUAUUUGAGAAGCAAACCCUCUGUCCUUCCUCUCUACUCUGAAGCACUAAAGAUGCCAACCACACACAUGCCUUUGCCAGUGAGAUUUGACUGGAGGGAUAAACAUGUUGUAACAAAAGUAAGAAACCAACAGAUGUGUGGAGGAUGUUGGGCCUUCAGUGUUGUGGGUAGCAUUGAAUCUGCCUAUGCCAUCAAAGGCGAAUCUUUGGAAGACUUAAGCGUCCAACAGGUCAUUGACUGUUCAUACAACAAUUUUGGCUGCAGUGGUGGUUCUACUGUUAAUGCUUUGAAUUGGCUAAAUAAGACACAGGUAAGACUUGUAAAAGAUUCAGAAUACUCUUUUAAAGCCCAAACUGGAUUAUGUCAUUACUUUUCUGGAUCACAUGCUGGUGUUUCAAUUAAAGAUUACUCUUCCUAUGACUUCAGUGGUAAGGAGAAUGAGAUGGCCAACGUCCUCCUUGCUUUCGGCCCCCUAGCAGUGAUCGUGGAUGCUGUGAGCUGGCAGGACUACCUGGGAGGCAUCAUCCAGCACCACUGCUCCAGUGGAGAGGCCAAUCAUGCAGUCCUCAUAACAGGCUUUGACAGGACAGGAAACACUCCUUAUUGGAUAGUACGAAACUCAUGGGGUACUUCCUGGGGAGUAGAUGGUUAUGCCUUUGUUAAAAUGGGAGCAAAUGUUUGCGGUAUUGCCGAUUUGGUGUCUGCCGUGUUCGUGUGAUGGCUGGCAGGGACACAAACAUGAAUUCUUCUCUCCCCAACAUUUCUGUCUUCAGACCCCCUCAUAGACCUGAUUGCCAGCAUCCUGUGGACCUGGACAGACUGCUUCUUAAAUGUCCUGCUCUUCCAGGGAUUGUUUUUCUAAAAAGCAGAACUGAAAUGGAGAAGAAAACAGGCUCCUUAACACAUGCAGAUACUCUGGUUGCUACAGUCCCUGGGAGGUUGAACCAGGUGGACUUCAGUCUCUUAAAACAUAGAUUCUAUGAAUCUAAUCACUCCAUUCAGCAAAUUUUUAUUCUGUGGCUUCUGUUUUGCAGAGGUGAGUGUUCAGUAUUGGGGCACAGGGAGGAGGAGCGGCCAGGCCUCCCCCCAGGCCCGAUAGGGCAGAGGAGCUCCUGGCAGAAGUAUGAGGAGAAGCAGGCUGGGACAGGCCACAGGCGCAGGCCAUUAGGAAUGAGGAAGGAGCCACGCAGUGAGGCAGUUGUGUCUUUCUGUCCCUUCCUGCUGACAUCCGUGACCCCGGGAAAUCCCAGCCUUCCCCGGGGCCCUCUGUAGCUCACACAGUGCCCUCACCCUUCUCCCCCAGCGCUGGUGUUUGUCCUGGCUCUGUCCUCAGCUGGCUGGACUGGUGUUACUUCCCUGCGGACUUCCAUAACAGUGCCACUCACCCUCUCCCGACUCCUCAGUUAGUCUUUGCUUCACUAGUUAUCUUCCUUAAAAAAAAAAAUAAAUGAAGUCAUGCCUCAUGGGAAGGGCCUCGAGUAUCCUUCUACAAAUCCACAUCAGUCUUUAAUAUGGAAGAACUUUCUGAAAUGAGACUUUCUAAUUAGCAAAACUCCCACCACCAGCCCACUAUUGUGGGACAUUCCAUCAUUCCCCAUUUCAUUUCCUUAGAAAUAUUUUCUUCCUUAAAUUCAUCAGGAUUAGGCAACUGUCCUUUUCUUGCAUUAGCAAAAAAGGGCCUCAGGAGAAUGGGAGUGUUUGUUUAUUGGUCUGCUCUCAUCUCUCCAGGGAGAUGGGGUAGAGGCCCUGCCAGGAAAGAACCAUGACUUGUGAGCAAGUCACUUCACUUCUCAGAUCUGUCUUCUCUCCUGUAAAUUGAAGGGUUUGGAUGAGCCUGAGGGUCUCCAGAGCAGCCUAAGGACCUCCCACAGUGUCUGUUAUUACCUAGCUGGAGAGUGGGACCCCAGUGUUCCCCAAAUCUUCUGUCCCCUGCCUCUCCUCCUGGCCAUGCCGCAGCCUGUGGGGUUUCUCCAGGGAGUAAGAGCCUCCCCCCCAGUCUCCUUGUUUCAUUUUCAGUGAGGUGCAGACAGUGAUGGGUUACCCUCCACACUGCAAGUCACAUUUCAGUAUUUCCUUCCUCUAGUCACAUCCAGUCCUCUCCUGCAGUCCCUCCCGUCCUCCCCAAGACUUGCAGGCUCGGUGUCUCGCCCUCCUUCCUCUCCUUGGCUGAAUCUCAUCGCAUCUCUGACUUCUGUGUCCUGCUCUCCACUUAUGUAGUGACUGCCUCGAUUCAGGCCAUCAUUACCUCCUACCUCUUGCCUGGCCUAUCACAGCAGUUUCCCAAGAGCUCUUUCUCUCUCAUCUCUCUCCUCUGUAGAGCUGCAAAAGUGAUUUUCCUAAAGCACAGACAUGGCCAUAUCAUUCCUCCUACCCAAAAAAUUCCAGUGGCUCCCUAUUGACCCUAGAAUCCAAUUUUUAAAAAUCUUUAUUUCAUAUUCUUAAAUUUUCUGGUUUUGUUUAAGUUUUAUAGUAUACAUAAUUAGUACAACAAUACACUUUGGGGAUUUGUGCUCAAUUUUUUUAUACUCAAAGGGGUACAGUAUCCAAAACAUCUGGGAGCCUCUGGCCUAAAUGAUCUCCAAGGACCCUUCCUCCUCUAAAAUUCUGGGAUUCUUUGAAAGUUAUCGUUUACACUUCAGGUAUGCAAGGAAAACAUUUCCUACUUUGUGAUUCAGCUCUACAAAUAUUUAUUAGGAUGGAUGCACUGACUUGUUAAUGGUUUAUUUCUGUCACUUUUCUUGGUUUUUUGGACAUUUGUAAAGUUUUGGAUCUUUAAAAUUUUGGAAAUAACUAUUUUUAAGUAAGGAAAUAUUUGAGAAUUUCUUGGACUCAAUUUUUAUUAUCUUUAUAAUAAAAGCUAAAAUAUAAUCAUCUUA